AUGUCUGCUGAAAAUACCUCGAAAAAGUCUCAUGACCAAAAAACCAACUGAAAGCCAUUGCCAUAUAUUGAUCAAUCUCGGUUUACUCUUAAUAAAACUUCAACCCAGUCAUAUUUUGAGCGUAAACUUGGUCCAGGUACUUAUUGUCCAAAAAUGCCUGAAUUAAGUCAAAGUUUCACAUUUUCAAUUUCGCCAAGAUUUACUUUUGAGACAAGAAUUGAAAAAAUAGUUCAAAAAAUCCAAAAUCAAUCAAGAGAAAAAGGUUGUAAAUCAGAAGAAAGAUUUAGGACUAUUCUAUUUUAAAUUAAUGUAGAAUAAUUAAUAAAUAAAGCUAAUAAUUUAGGAUUUAUUAUAAAACAGUUUUAACUUAGAUCUCUCAUUGUUUACACCUGAAAGAAAGCUCGAUUUAAUUAAAGAAAAAUCAAAAAAAGCAUCUCUUAAAGAGCUGAUAACUAAAAAAGCUAAACUUUGGAUAGAAAAAGUCAAAAAAAGCAAAAGAGAAAAAAAUUUUGAAGAGAAAUUCAAAAAGUUUGAAUUCAGAAAGCACGUUCGAGAUGCAGUUGAUAUAAAAAAGACUUGGACUAUUUUAAUAGUACAUUUAGCAAUAAUACAGAACUAUAAAGCUAAGUUUGAGUAUGAAACUAAUAGGCUUUUUCAAUUACAGAGAAGAUUAAAGCUGUUUACUAUUUUAGUUCGAUGAAUUGGGAGACUGAAAAUUGCUUUAAGAUAUGCAAGAGAAAGAAAUGCUCGCAAAAAAUUAAGAAAAAUUCUGCGACCUUAUUUAGUGACUUGAAGGAUAAAAAGACGCGAAAAAUUCCUUUCAUGUGUUACCAGGACCAUUGAGAUAUGCCUCGGCAGAAGUGAAAUUGGGAGAAUCGCUUCGUUUUGGAUUUUAAAAAUAAUUUUAAUACAAAGAACCUUUAGGAAAUGAAGACUUAUACACUGUGCAAGGCUAAAAGCUUUGCAGUACAUGUGGAAUAAAUUAAUAAAAACGAGGAAACCUGAAAUAAGAUCUACAGUAGAGACUUUUGGGUGAAGAUAUAUUAGGAUUUAUUUAAGAGAGAAAAAAAAAGAAUAUUUACAAAGGAAAUCUAAACAAAAUGAAAGCAAGUCGCCAGAAAAAGAAAAAUCUAUAAUUUUGUCUAUUUAUCUGGAUAAGAAAGAAAUUAAAAAUCUUAUUGCUAAAGCCACAGCAGAAAUUGAACAAAAAUCACAAGGGAAUAGUCCUAUUAAUAAAAAAAAUGUGUCAAUUAAAAAAGAAGAUAAAAAAAAUCCAGUUAGAAGCUCAAUUAGAAAAGCAACUGUAAGAAGCCUGAAACCAAGAAGAAGCACGUUUAAUGACUCAGUUCUAUUAAAAACUCCCUUUGCAACAAUGGCUAAAGAUGCUGCAGGAGAAUCAGUUCUUUUAGAAGUUCAUGAAGUUAGACCAAGAGGGAGAUCCAAAAGAUAA